ACGUAAUCAUUCAAGGACAUAUCUAAACCAAAUAUAAGAGACCUGAUGGUUUAUUUCAUAGCAAGUCGAUCAAGUUUAUAAAAUGGCAUCGUUUCCGCACUAUGUUAAACUUAAUAAUGGAGCUCGUAUGCCUAUUAUUGGCUUAGGCACGUGGCAGGCUAAAGAAGGUGAAGUAAAAGUAGCAGUUGAAAGUGCGAUUGACUGCGGAUAUCGCCAUAUUGACACUGCCUGGGCCUACAAAAACGAAAAAGAGAUUGGAAAAACUUUAAAAAAGGUAUUUGAUGCUGGAAAGUUGAAAAGAGAAGACAUUUUCAUUGUGUCUAAGCUGCCAAAUGGAGGGCAUCAUCGAGACAAAGUCCUUCAUUACCUUCAACAGUCGUUAGAUGACCUUCAACUGAGUUAUGUUGACAUGUAUCUAGUUCAUUCUCCUUUCAGUGUUGUGCCGCUAGAUGGUAACGAGCAAUUACCAAUAAAAGAUGGAAAGCUGGUUAUAGAUUAUGAGGCAGACUUUCUGGACACUUGGAAGGGCAUGGAAGAUGCUGUAGAUGCAGAGAUGACCAAGGCAAUUGGAAUAUCCAAUUUCAACAGCGAACAGAUCAAACGUAUCUAUGACAAUGCGAGGAUUAAACCUGCCAACUUACAGGUUGAAUGCCAUGCUUAUUUUCCUCAAAUCAAGUUAUUUCAGAUUUGCAAAGAACUUAACAUCAGCUUGACUGCCUAUGGUCCACUUGGCAACCCUAGUCUAUCUGGAUUUUUGAGAGAAAAUUUUGGAAUUAAUGCAGAGUUACCAAACUUAUUGAAAGAUCCUGCUCUUCAAGACAUUGCUGAAAAGCACCAGAAAACUGCAGCUCAGAUUUUAUUGCGAUGGUUGAUUCAACGAGGAAUUAUAGUUAUUCCAAAAAGCUCUAACCCAAAUAGGAUCAAACAAAACUUUGAGGUCUUUGAUUUCAACUUGUCUGAGGAAGAUGUAAAUCAGAUAAAUGGUUUAGAUAGGAAUCAUAGAUUGUUUGAAUACAGUGGGGUGGAAGAACAUCCAAAUAACCCCUUCAAUAUCCCAUUUUGAGUAAUGGAAUGAUGAAAAUCGAUGAUAUACGAGCGUAGAAGAUUUAAUCUUGUUACUUUAUCCAGAUAUCAUUGUUAUUUUGGGUGUUUGAAAGUGUUUGGGGAAUAAUAAAAUGAUUUGUUUCAAAUAAA